AGGGGAGGGAACAGACCAGAUUGGUCAGCAGCUUUGAUUGACAGCUGUGCUGACCUCACAUCUCCGCCCCCACCAGCGGCUGCACCUUAAAGCCCUCAGCCUCAGCCUCAGCCGCUGCUUUCUGGAUCAUCCGGCUGCAGCUGCUCGACGUUUAGACAAAAACAGGAGAGGAUGACUGACCUGGAGACCUCCAUGGCGACCAUCAUCGCCGUGUUCCAGAAGUACUCGGAGAGAGAGGGAGACAAGCACAAGCUGAAGAAGAGCGAGCUGAGGGACCUGCUGCACGAUGAGCUGCCGGAUCUGAUGGCGCACGUCAAAGACCAGGCCACGCUGGACAGCCUGAUGGAGAGCCUGGACACGGACGGCGACGCCGAGUGCAACUUCCAAGAGUUCAUGACAUUCGUCUCCUUGGUGACGGUCUGUUGCCACGAGUUCUUUGAGCACGAGGACGACUGAGGACACGGAGACAAAAGGGUUGGCAGUGAACCUGAAGGAACUGUGAUGUGGCUGCUGGCACGAGGCCAUUCAGAAGGCGCCUCACUUUCUGAGUAGUUUCUACAAAGUGAUGAUGAAGUUAGGAAAGUAGUCUUUGGUAAGAUAAGCUAGAAACUUUCAAUGACCUGUUCUUGUGUUCUGUUUCCUUUAAAGUCAGUUAAACUUUUUUCUUAGUGAUUCUGAAAGUACUUUUUUCUCUUUGAGUUUAAGGUGGGGUCUUUUUGAGUAGAAGUUCUUGCUCUGAUACAAAUAAAGUAAGUGGUAAACUUCAAA